AUGACUAGCGGAGGACCCCCGUUGCUCCCAACGUUCCCACUGCUCAGACUCCUUGAGUCCUUCUCCAAAGCUCACUGCGGGAACCUGAAGGGUUUGUCCAAUGAAACAAUCGUGGCUGUAUACAGAGUACGCUUCACCGCUUUCAACCUGGAAGCGGUGUUUCCUGGACAGGGCUUGGUGUCCCUCGAUAUACUGCAGCCUGGCUGGGAAUUCCUCUUGCUCAUUUCAGACGUCCCGGCUUUCUGGAAGAGCAACUACCUGCCACCUGGGUCGCCUCAUCACAGCCUCCCUUUCCGCGCUUCUCGGGCCCUGUUCCGACUGACUACCCCUGUCGUCAUUGUUAUGAUUUUCAUCCUCCUCGAACAACAACAUCAACUCCGGCGACCCGAGUCAAAAGCCUCCGAGGAACAUCAUCCUUACCACAAACAAGAAACCGCAGCAAUGGUUCUACACCGCCAACAAGCUCAGUUCGACCGGUCAAGAUGGCGCAUGGCGCUGCUUGUGCCUCUUUGGAUCCUUCAGUUGCUAGUCUUCCUCGUCGUCAUCGCUCUCUUCUCUUGGCGCCUAUCGGAUACUCUUAGGAACUGGGAAACCGAGGAGGAAACAAAAGGGAUGUUUCCCAUGGUAGAGGUCGUUUGGGAAUCUGUCAACAUCGCCUUCUCCCUCGUCUGCCUAUUUUCCACGUUUUACGAAAUCUCAAAGCUCGCUGCCGAGACCCUGACGCCAUGGACCAUGCUUUUUACCCACAUUUUGAAGAUCGUCUGCUCCCUGGCCGUUCUGGCUCUCGAUGUUGUGGUAUUCGUGCAGAGAAAGGACAGCCACUACUCAGUUGUUGGUCUCGGCUUGGAUUGUUUUCUUCUAAUUCUCGUCGCCAUACCAGGCGUUUACUCGAUCCAGACGUAUCGCCGACUCGUCAAGUACGACGACUACCAUUACCCCGUAAACCACAAGCCCUACGGCUUCAACGACCUCGAAGGCGAGACCUCCUACAAUGGUCGUCUUUCCAUCGGCGGCCUUAGCCUUGCAGACCGUUCCCUCCGCCGGAUAUCCACAUCCUCAACAAAGUCAUCGCUUCAGAAGCAAGAAACACAACAGACGGCACAGCAACAGCAACAGCAGGAAUCCGAAGCAACAUCCCUACAACGCAGACCCUCGCAGUAUAACAACGAAAGAGACACGCAGUUCGAUAGGUAUAUGGUCGAACGCGCCAUGAGUAAUGAGUUUGGGUGGGCGAACAACAGCAGCCCCGGCGCGGAUCCCCUUGGCCGAAGCGACAGCUAUGUCGGCAGCGGAUCAAUGUCAAACGGAAAGGUCGUUACGCGGGAGAGCAUGGGACGCGCGCCGAGCUGGGGCAGCUCGCACGUCCUCGUCGCCGUGCCAGAGAUGGACGAGGAGGAGGCGGUGCAUGGUCGUGGGGGAGAUAGGCAGGCGCUUCUUGGACAUCGGAGGCAGGACAGCGACGAUAGUGUUGUCGGACCGAGCAGCCCACCGAUUUUGUCGGCUAUGCCGCCGCUACCGAGGAUCGAGAUCGAGGAGUCGGAUAUUGUUGGCGGCGGUGCUGGGGAGAACACUUGGGAGCGGAAGCGCAAGAGGAGCCAACACUCGGUGUCUGAUUGCAAACUUGUGUCUCCCAUGGUAGGUCCAAGUGGAGGUGCGCCUUACACGGGAAUCAUACGUGAGGUUCAUGGUCUUAACUUCGAGAGUAUAUGGAUCUCAGCCUUUCUCUUGAAGUCCCCUUUACAGGCAACCGUUUCCACGCCAGAAAAGAUUCUUUAG